AUGGGGGAAGCUGCAGCUGUUGUCGCCGCCUCGCGCGACGGCUUCUUCGGCCUGGGCGAGUGCAAGGGCCAGGUGGUGAUCGACGGCGAGCAGGUGCCACUGGUGCUGACGCCGGGCAGCGACGAGGUGAGCGGCCACGACCACAAGGCGCUGGUGGCGGCCCUGGUGUCCAACCGGGAGUGGGUGGAGGAGAAGGUGGUCGCCAACAGCGGCGUGCUGCUCCGCGGCUUCGGCGUGCGCGACGCCGUGGAGUUCGACGCCAUCGUGGAUGCGCUCGGGUGGCCGGACAUCCGGUACGUCGGCCCCGCCCCGCGCACCCACGUCCACGGCCGCAUCUGGACCGCCAACGAGGGCCCCCUCGAGGAGUUCAUCUACUACCACCACGAGAUGGUCCUCAUCAAGGAGUUCCCGGGUAAGGUGAUCCUGUUCUGCGAGGUGCCGCCGCCGGAGGGCGGGGAGACGCCGUUCGUGCCGAGCUUCCGGGUGACGGAGCGCGCGCUGCAGGAGUUCCCGGACAUGGUGGAGGAGCUGGACGCCAAGGGGCUCCGCUACACCUUCACCGCGCUGAGCAAGGACGACACCAAGUCCAUGCGGGGGCGAGGGUGGGAGGACGCCUUCGCCACCACCGACAAGGCCGUGGCGGAGCAGAGAGCCCGUGCGCUGGGGAUGGACGUGGAGUGGCUGCCGGAGGAAGGCGGCGUGAGGACCAUCCUCGGGCCGAGGCAGCUGACGCGGGUGUUCCCGGGCCGGAAGGGCCGCCGGAUGUGGUUCAACACGGUGGUGGGGAUGCACGGCAAGGAGCUCAGCUCCGCCACGUUCGCCGACGGCUCCGAGAUACCGGCGGACUUCGUGCGGCGGUGCGGCGAGAUCAUCGAGGAGGAGAGCAUCCAGUUCCGGUGGGAGAAGGGCGACGUGCUCAUCCUCGACAACCUCGCAACGCUCCACGGCCGCCGGCCGUCGCUGGCGCCGAGGAGGGUCCUCGUCGCCACAUGCAAGUGA